AUGAAACUUUUCGGGUACUUUCGCCUGCAGUACCGUCCGGUGGUGGUGGGAUUCUUCCACCCGUACUGCGCGUCAGGAGGAGGCGGGGAGCGGGUUCUGUGGCACUCCAUUCGAGCUCUCCAGAAACGCUAUUCCUUCGUCCGUUGCGUCGUUUAUACGGGAGACGUAGACAAGACCCCUGAGGCCAUUCUGAGCAUGGUCCAGAACAGAUUCAAGCUUCAAUUGAGAGAUGUGGACUUUGUGUAUCUGAAGAGGCGAGGGUGGGUGGAGGCGAGGUGCUGGCCUCGGUUCACGAUCCUUGGACAGAGUCUGGGCUCCAUGUUACUUGGUCUGGAGGCAGUUCUGAAGCUGGCACCUCACGUGUACAUGGAGACCACAGGCUAUGCCUUCACUCUGCCAAUAUUCCGCUGGCUCGGGGGAAGUCGCACGGCAAGUUAUGUCCACUACCCCACAGUCAGCUCUGACAUGCUGGAGACUGUGGCCAAACACACUCAGUCCUUCAACAACUCGAGUGCUGUCAGCAAAAGUCGAGCCCUGACUUUUGUCAAGCUCACUUACUAUCGUCUGUUUGCCCGUCUCUAUGGCUUCAUGGGUCGCCGUAGCGAUGUGGUGAUGGUGAAUUCAUCGUGGACCCACGCCCACAUUCGCCAACUCUGGUCUCCAAGGCAACUGUAUAUUGUCUAUCCUCCAUGUGACACAGCAAGUUUCAACAGCCUCCCUAUUAGAAGGUCCUCGAAACCCUUUCGAAUUGUCUCUGUGGGACAGUUCAGACCAGAGAAGAACCACAGGAGCCAGCUGAGGAUCUUACGUAAUCUUAUGCAAGAGGCAGAGGGUUGUGCGGUUACCCUGGUCUUGGCGGGAGGUUGUCGGAACACAGAGGACGAGGAGAGAGUAGCUGACCUGCAGCACAUGGCACGGGAGCUGCAUGUGGCGGACUGUGUGGAGUUCAAGAUCAAUCUCCCAUUCUCCAGUCUCAGAGAGGAGCUGGGGAGAGCUGCAGCUGCUCUGCAUACAAUGGAGAACGAGCAUUUUGGGAUCAGCUUGGUAGAGUGUAUGGCAGCUGGGUGUGUGACGGUUGCUCAUGAGAGUGGAGGGCCUCAGCAGGACAUCCUGUUGGACUGGGAGGGGCAGCCGACAGGGUUCCUGGCCAGCAGCGAGGAACAUUUCUCCUCCUGGCUCCUGUACAUACUCCACAUGAGUCAGAGUGAGAGAGAGGAGAUAGCAAGUCGGGCGCGGACUGCUGCACACACCAAGUUCUCUCUUGAAGUCUUUGAGGCUUCAUUUCUCAGAGCAUCUGAGAAACUGUUUGGCUAG